AUGGAACCCCAACCGGCGCAACAGCCCGCCGAGGCUACCCAGGAUGGCCAUGAAGCUCCAGCACCAGUCGCGCUCACCAAGACUCGCACUGAAAGCUUCUCCGCGAAGUCGGAAAACUCUCAGACUGCCGCAGACUUCAUCCGCGACCAAAUGCAACUAGAGGCCGAUGCGCGCGAAGCUCUUCCAUACAGCAUCGAAAACUGCACCAAGCCCCUCGGCCCCCUCCGCCAGGCCGUCUUCUCCUGUCUAACCUGUAACCCACCACCCGCCGACCCCAAAGCGCCCUACAACGCCGCGGGCAUCUGUUACUCCUGCUCCGUGCAGUGUCAUGGCGAGCAUACCCUCGUCGAGAUCUUCGCCAAGCGCAACUUCACCUGCGACUGUGGCACCAAGCGCUUUCCGGCCACGAGCCCUUGCAAUCUACGCAUCAACGAGGAGACGGGCACCAAGGGCGACGUGCAUUCUGAGGAACCAGACGUGAACAACAAGUACAAUCACAACUUCCGCAAUAGGUUCUGCGGCUGUGAGUGCGACUAUGACCCGUUUGAACAAAAAGGAACCAUGUUCCAGUGCUUGGGGCUAGGCACUGCGGAGACAGGCGGGUGUGGAGAGGACUGGUACCAUCCUGGGUGCAUCGUGGGUUUGGGACCUGAUUGGUAUGAGAAGAUGGAGAAGAAGGAUAAGCCCAAAAAGUCAGAGGUGAAGACGGAAGUCAAAACCGAAAGUGGUGAUCCCCUGCCUACCAUUGCGGAAGACGAGACAACAGAACAACAGAACGGCGCCAAUGCUGAAGAGGCAGAGGAAGAAGAUGAAGACGACGACCCGCCUCCGCCGCCCGGUUUUCCUGCCGACGACGACUUUGAGGGUUUCAUUUGCUACAAGUGCGUCGAAGCCUACCCCUGGAUCAAGAGGUACGCGGGCACCGAAGGUUUCUUGCCGCCUGUAUAUCUGAAGAAGGAGGGGGAAAAAAGCAAGCCUGUCGAGCAAAUCACGACCGCCACCUCGGAACUCGAAGUCAACGGUGAUUCCUCGUCCAAGAAGCGUAAAGCAUCCGACGUGGACAAUCAGUACAUGGAGGAAUCCCAAGAAAAGAAGCUCAAAACCAAGGAGGUUGCCAUUUCAGAGACUGUCCAAUCGGCCACCACCGUUACUACCGAGUCGAUCACAACCAACGGCUCUACCGCGACCAUCGCCGCCGCCGUAGAGGAGUCAGCCACAGCGACGCUCACCAUAACAGAAGACAUCCCAAUGACUACCGACUCCCCCACCCUCAUCAAAGAUCCCGACACCUCCACAGCAGCCCAAACCAAACCCUGCCUCCUCACCACCCUCCCCCCUCCACCAUCCUCCGGCCCCUUUUCCCUCUUCUUCACCUCCCCCACCUUCCGCUCCUCCCUCUGCCACUGCCCCUCUUGCUUCCCCCUCCUCCUUCCCCACCCCCAGCUUCUAGAAGAGGAAGAAACCUACGAACCACCCGUUUCCGAAUCCGGCUCUCACGCCGGUGAUGCCCACUCCCAACACGGCGGUAGCACACAAGGAUCUGGCUCACUGCUGGAAAGAGGAGAGUCAGCGCUAAGGAACAUUGAUCGUGUGAGAGCUAUCGAGGGUGUGAUGGCUUAUAACCAUCUCAAGGAUAAACUGAAGCCGUUUUUCAGAGAAUUUGCGGAGAGUGGACGGGCGGUGGGGGCGGAGGAUAUUAAGGCUUAUUUUGCUAAGUUGAGGGGGGAUGAGGAGGUUAGCAGGACCACUGGUGGUGGUAAUGAGGAAAAUGAGGAGGUAGAAGGGGAUGGAAGGAAGGAGCAGGAUAGGUAUUGA